GGUCAGACACAUGAGGAGAGGGUAUACUUUAUUUGACAUUUAUCAAUUUAUUCAAUUUUUCAACAAAAACAAUCUAAUUAUUUGUUCAAAUUGCAUCUAAAAGUUCAAUAAAUGGGCUGUUUAACUGGAUAAAUGCACAACAUGCGAAACAGAUGUUAAACAAACUACAUUAUAGUGCUGCCCAAAGUGUGGCCCGUGGGCCAAAGUUGUUCCUCCAUAAAGUUUGGCCCUCCAGAUGUUUAUAGCGAAGAAAUAAUAGAAAGAUAAUUAAAAAAUAAUAAUUAUAAUAUAAAAGACUGUUUUCAGAAUCAGAAAUACUUGAUUGAUUCUAUUAUAUUUAUUUUUAUGGCUUUAUAUAAUUUAUUAUCCUCAUUAAUAUGCAGUUUAACUCAACUGUUGACUCGUUAAUGGCCACAUGAGGGCCUCUGUGUCCCCUCUGCCAAACCUCUCUCCUCAUUUCAAGCCUGUGCCAAAAUCCCUCCCUCCUUCCUCCCUCCCUCCCUCCCUCUCUCCUCCUCCUCCUCCUCCUCCUCCUCUCUGCCUGCCAGUAGCCCCUCUCAGGCCGCGCAGGGGAGCAUUCACACCCCGCUGUCGGCGCUUGGCGGAUGGGGCUCUCAGCUUGAGGCGGAGGGAGGGAGGAGGAGAGAAGAUGAACGGUAACCCGUGCGCCCGCAGGCUGGCCCGGCGCUCCAAGUCCGCCCUGCUGGUCGCCGCUCUGGCCGUCCUGCUGGUCCAGACUCUCAUCGUGUGGAACUUUAGCAGCCUGGACUCCGCUGGCGGGGACGGAGGCGCCAGGAGCCGGGAGAAGAGAGAGGAGCGAGCCGGGGCGCUCAACAAAGCCGACAGGGAGCUCCCGCGGAGGGGGCUGCGGAGGAAGGGCGACCCGCCGCCGCCGCUCGGAAAGGCGGCCGUUCGGCACAAGCUGCAGGCGGACGUCUACCAUUCCCACCGGCCUAAAGAGAAACUGGACAGCAACAAUAAUGAGAACUCUGUCCCUAAAGACUUUGAGACCAUCGACAGCAACAGCAACCUGGGCGCUCGCUCUCAACGCCAACGGGUGCCGGUCGCAAACGCCAAACGCAAGCUGGAUAAGGUCCAAGCACAGCUGGGAAAAUCUGCCAACGAGGUUCUCAAGCACCCUCCCGUCCAACCCCGAGGGAUGGGCCACGGUCACAACCACACCCACAUCCGUAAACCCCACCCGCAGGUGCCAACUGUCUCAGCACCGGUCCAGGGGUCCAAACAGGAUCUGUCGAUCUACCAGGUGAAGAAGUCGUCCACUCAGCUGCCGCCCGGUCUGGAGCCGAGGAAGGAGCAGCCGCAGUGCGAGAUCAGCGGGAAGGAAGCCAUUUCUGCUCUGUCCAGGGCCAAGAGCCGCGAGUGCCGGCAGCAGAUAGUGGAGGUCUACUGCAAGCACAAAGACAGGACGCUGAUGCCGGAGAAAGUGCCUCGGUACUGCCCAAUAGAAGGUAAGGCCAAUGUGAACGUGCAGUGGGACGAGGACCCCUCCGACGCUGCCCGGCUCGUGCCCGUACGGAUCGCCUUCGUCCUGGUCGUCCACGGACGAGCCUCGCGCCAGUUCCAGCGUCUCUUCAAAGCCAUCUACCACACCUCGCACUACUACUACAUCCACGUAGACCAGAGGUCCAACUACCUCCACAGAGAGGUCUUGUCUCUGGCCGCCCUGUAUCCCAACAUCAGGGUGACUCCCUGGAGGAUGUCCACCAUCUGGGGCGGGGCCAGCCUGCUGACUAUGUACCUACGCAGCAUGGAGGACCUUCUCAAAAUGGCUGACUGGUCUUGGGACUUCUUCAUCAACCUCAGCGCUGCAGACUACCCCAUCAGGACCAACGAGCAGCUGGUGGCUUUCUUGUCCAAGUACCGCAACAUGAACUUCAUCAAAUCUCACGGCAGAGACAACGCACGUUUCAUCCGUAAGCAGGGUCUGGACCGUCUCUUCUACGAGUGCGACACCCACAUGUGGCGUCUCGGGGACCGCAAGAUCCCGGAGGGCGUUGCGGUGGACGGAGGCUCCGAUUGGUUCCUGGUCAACCGGCCCUUCGUGGACUAUGUGGUCAACUCCCGAGACGAGCUGGUCAGCAGCAUGAAGCGCUUCUACGCCUACACACUGCUGCCUGCUGAGUCGUUUUUCCACACCGUGCUGGAGAACAGCGCCCACUGUGAGACCAUGGUGGACAACAACCUGAGGCUCACCAACUGGAACCGCAAACUGGGAUGCAAAUGCCAGUACAAGCACAUCGUGGACUGGUGCGGCUGCUCGCCCAACGACUUCAAGCCCUCGGACCUGCCGCGCUUCCAGCAAGCGUCCAGGCCCACCUUCUUUGCCAGGAAGUUUGAGGCCAGUGUCAGUCAGGAGAUAAUCAAUCAGCUGGACUCUUACCUGUUCGGGACGUACCCGUCGGGCACCCCGAGCCUCCAGGCCUACUGGGAGAACAUCUAUGAGCAGGAGACUGACGGCCCCGCCAGCCUGUCGGACUCGGCGCUCAGCCACUACCACGCCUUCGCUCGUAUGGGACUGUCCCGCGCCGCCAGCUCGCUGCAGGGUCAUCCCAAUGACAACAGCUGCAGGUACGUGGCCAUGAGCCACCCGGUGUCGGUCCACAUCUACUUCCUGUCAGACCAGUUCCAGGGCUACCUGGUGCGCCAUAUGGCCACCAACCGAGCCUCCACCCAGCUGGAGACCCUGGAGACCUGGGUGACUUCCAGAGACCACUUCACCAUGGCCAGCCCCCCCCACCCCACCAACAGACUGCAGCACGUCCAGGUCGGGACGGACUGGGAUCCUAAGGAGCGUCUCUUCAGGAACUGGGGGGCUCUCGUGGGGCCCGAGGACGAACCGGUGGCCGUGCAGCGCUGGAGCCGAGGCCAGAGCAACCUGACGGCCACUGUGGUGUGGAUCGACCCCACCAACGUCAUCGCUGCCACUUACGACAUCCUGGUGGACGCCUCCGCCGAGGUCACCCACUACCGGCCGCCGCUCACCCUGCCGCUGAGGCCCGGCACCUGGACGCUGAGGGUGCUGCACCACUGGAGUCCGCUGGGCCAGACCACCUUCAUCGUGGCUCCGCUGGACUUCCACCGACAGCAGCCCUUACAGCAAGAGGAUGCCCUGCGGUUGCACGGCGGCCCAGCCAGAAACUCCUACAUGGAGCAGAGUUUCCACGGCCUGAACCCGGUGCUGCGGCUGCCGGUGAGCCUGGGUGCCGUGGAGGAGGCCGAAGCCAACGCCGGCCUGACGGGGGCGCCGCUGCGUCGCUGGCUGGACCGGCUGCUGGAGGGCCACUGGUCAGCCGCCGACGUCUGCUCGAUGGGACCCAGCGCCUGUCCCGUCAUGCAGCGCUGCCGUCUCACCGGCUGGAGCGCCGCCAGCCCCGACCCCAAGUCUGAACUGAGCCCGCCCAGAGAGGACGGACGCAUCAGGUAGCAGACGGACGGACUGAGGGAGGACGAGAGGAGUAAAUGAAGGAAGACACGGUGGGCUGAUGUCCCGUUGGCGUCUGAUAUUUAUUUGAAUUAGUGUGAGUGAAAGAGAACGAGUGGAUCAAACAAUGGAGGCGGCGACAGGAAGAAGAGAAACAGACUCAAACGCUGAGGAAGAAUAUUCUCCUUCAGUCCUCAUUCAGUCUGCUCCUCUCACUGUUAACUGGGACUACAGAGUGUGUGUGUGUGUGUGUGUGUGUGUGUGUGUGUGUGUGUGUGUGUGUGUGUGUGUGUGUGUGUGUGUGUGUGUGUGUGUGUGUGUGUGUGUGAAGAACUCUAUACCUCCUGUUGUGAGUCUUUCCUUAGGUUAAUGCAAAUGUGCUUUACAUGUUCAGAGGCUGAGAACGGACGUGGUUGCUCAUUCUUUGGCCCGUUGUUGCUUCUUUAUAAUAUAUUUUUAAUCCACGAUUACAAUUUAAUCCCACUGAUCCUGAAAUCUUUGAAUGCAACUUCCUAGUCAAAGUCCAGUCAGGAUUUAGGAGGAAUAUUAGGUUGCCUGGGAAAAUGAGAUUGAGGUCUUUCUAACAUUUAAACGACAUAAAACGUGAAUACAGAAGCACAAUAAAAUGUUUUAAAUCCAGAUUUUAAUCUUGGAACAACAGAAACACUAUCGAGUUAACAAAUCCUUCAUCUGUGAUCCAGAGAUAAUGAGCCUAAGGAAAGUCAUCGGCAACCACAGACGUUCUCAUACAGAGCCGGGUGGGUGUGGGGGGGGAGCUGAUCAAUUAUUCCCUCAAAUUACUACAAAAUAUAUUUAUUAAUUUCUUUAGUUUGUUUUAUUUGUAUCCUCAAAUUUAAGUUUUUAAUCUACCAGGUGGAAUAAGUGCUCAGAUCCUUGACUUCAGCAGUAACAGAACAAUAAAUGUUCUGUUAAAGUACAGAAGAGUAAAGAACUGAUCUGAUAUUAUAUAUAUUAUAAUAUCAGGUUGUUAUUGAUGGAAAUAUAUAGUUGGUUGUGCUCAUUUUAGCUACUUUAUAGGGUUUUUAAAUCUAUAAAAAUGCAUAUUUAUAAAGUGCUGCUGUAUUUUUAUGUACCUGCAAAGUAACUGUAGUUGUCAGACGUCGUGGAGUAAAAAGUGCAAUAUUUGUACCUUUAGAGUUGUAGAAAGUUCAGAGUUAAUUGAGUUACAGUGGGUUUGUAGUGCAGUUUGAAUCUCU